UACCACGCUCUCUUCUUGCUGUUGUAGCAAAGAUGGCGGCGUUCGUGAGAGGCAUGUUUUGGCAUCUUCUUGUAGCGGAACGAAGUAAUAUUCUGAAAAAAAGUAACGACUGUAUCGUAGAUUCAAAGAGAUACGUGCGAGCAUUGAAAAGGAGGCCUGUGAAGGUGUUGUAUCCUGAUAGUGAGACGACAUCGAAACAGAGGUCAGAUCAAAUAGUCAACAAGCAGUCUCAGAAAGUUGCGUCCAAAGUGAGGGAGUCCAACGCCAUUUUAAAAAAUGAGACCACUAAUAAACGUGUUGGCAGCAUGUCAUGGAGUGACAGAAAUGGCAAUGCAUCCUCAACGUCGGAACAUACAACCAAUCUGAAGGACCAACUAGGUGGCCUCAAAUUCGAAAGGGCCUUACCUGGUGACAAAAGAUUGGCGAGGGUGGUGAGUGUGGCUUGUUCCAGGACGUUUCGGGAGCACCAGGGUAAGAUCCUGUUGGAGGGGAGACGCCUGAUCUGCGAUGCCCUGGCUGCUGGAGCCAACCCUCAGAUGGUGUUCUUCAGUUCUGUGGACAGACUGUGUGAUCUCCCCUUGGACAAACUGAAGAGGGCCACUCUGGUCAAAGUCAAGUUUGAGGACAUCAAGAUCUGGUCUGACCUGGUAGCUCCACAAGGAGUGAUAGCCAUAUUCUCUCGGCCAGACCCAUCCCGGCUGACAUUCCCUCAGGACCAGCGUGGUCAGUCUGUGCCGCUGUCCCUGAUCUGCGACAACGUGCGGGACCCUGGGAACCUGGGCACCAUCUUGCGCUGUGCUGUUGCUGCAGGCUGCCACAAUGUCCUGCUCACCAAGGGUUGUGUGGACGCUUGGGAACCUAAAGUGCUGCGAGCAGCGAUGGGUGCCCAUUUCCGCCUUCCCAUCUUCCCCAGCUUGGACUGGGACGACAUUCAAAACCAGCUGCCAAAGUUGGUGACUGUCCAUGUGGCAGAUAACUGCAGUGGCUCUGAGAGAGAAGUAGCUGAGGAAGCAAACCAGUCCAACAAACCUUCAAAGGUGGGGGACUAUGGAUGGGUGAGUAGCAGGCCUAAUUGUAAAGACAUGCGCUAUAAGGAAUAUGAAUCAGAUUCCGACUCCGAACUGUCAUUUCCAAGAGUGGAGACUAAGUUGUACCAUGAGGGCUGGGCUCAGGGGAACACUGGUCUUGUGAUAGGUGGAGAGACUCAUGGACUGAGUCUAGAAGCUGUCCAAUUGGCUGAGAGAACUGCCGGUCAAAGACUGUUUAUCCCUGUGGUCCCUGGAGUGGACAGUCUCAACUCAGCCAUGGCAGCCAGCAUUCUCCUAUUUGAAGGCAGAAGGCAACUGUUGAACCUAAUGGAGACGUCUGGGAGGAAAGAUAAGUCUAAGGUGCAAUUUCCAUGAUCCAUCCAUUGGAAUCCAUUUUGAGUGUAAUGGAUAUGUUAUUCCUGGUGUUGGUCACUUUUUCCAUGCAUACAUUCUUGACUGCACGACACCACUUCACUGUACCUCAUGUCAGACUGAAUCAUAUGGAUGGAUUUAAUUUCCAUAUUCAACUCUCAGCUAAUAAGUGAAGUAAAAUGAGUGACAAUGUGAAAUGCAUAUUUCUUCCAAAAUUCCUGCCAGUGUGGCUUUAGAAGCUUCACUUAGUCUCCACAUGCAGUUGGCCUCUAGAUUUCCUGCCAGUUGACUGUAAACUGCUGCUGUGCAACAUGACUGCUUAAUCUCUAUACUGGACAUGUGCUAAGUGUGUCUGUUUAGCAAGGGAAAGAACCUGUCCAUCUAACAUUUUCACUGACAGGCCUGAAAGCAAUUGUCAUAGUAACCACAAGGAAGCAACUGAGACCUUACUGAGAACAUUUACUGUAUGUUAUGAAGUUGUAGGGUUAAAAAAAACUACUGCAUGUGAAAGGUAUGAAAUACUUUGUUUUCUUAUACUGUGUACAAAUGCCUGACAUCAAAAAGAACAGUACACUUGAUUUUGUUUUUUAAAAUUGGAAAUAUAAAUGUAAACUACAUUUCUGGAGUCAUUAUAUAUAAAUAAUGCACACAUGUAGAAGUGAUACCAAGCUAAUACUGUCUAAAAUACAUUUGCUCCCAAUGGAAUAAAAAUGGCCUCAUGGAUAGAGGAAGUUGACAACAUAAGACAGUUGUGCUUAACAGUGAAUUUUAAUGGCUGUGAAGUCAUGACUAGAGACAACCAGGGAGUGACAAAUGUGAAUUCAUACUUCCAACACUUAGCAACUAAGGUGGAUUUUAAUGCCAUUUUUGUGCCUUCAAAAAUAUCUGGCCUUUUCAAUAGAUGGGAUCUUCACAGAAAAUCCUCUUAAGUUUCCAUCUCAACCACUGACAUUUAACAAUUGGGUAGGGCUGACUAUCACUCACUUCAUGAUAAGACAAGUGAAUAGUAUUUGAAAUCCCAUGACACACAAAGCCAGAUGCAAUACAAAACAAAAUACAGACAAAAUGACCUUUUGAAACAGGGAAAUCUUAACAUUUGUCUAUACUAUUAUGCAGCACCUUUUAAACAGAAGAACAAUAAGACAGUUACAUUAAACUGAAGUUCAGGACAUUUUCUGCACUGCAUAUUUGUAAAUUACAACUAUAGAACUUAGAGAAUUUGUUGCAAUCAUUUUAUUCUUUCUCAGCACAUUUUGGAAAACAAAAGCAAUGUGGGUUCAGCAAAGGUAAUAAAGAGACAUGGUGAAAUGUCAAGUCCAUUGGG